GCACCAACGCUUUCGGUGGAAGCAAAGCACCGCCCAAAAUACUUAAAAGCUUACGGAUACACAUACACUCUCUCUCUUUCUCCUCCAAUCCUGAAUUCCUGAUCCGGGGCAGGCAGGGUAGAGCGGGAGCGGAGCGGCCAGUUCCUUCCUCGCGACCCUCGUCGCUGGCCGAUCGGCGAUCCGGGGAUGGGCGUCGCGACGAGGCCGUCGGCGUGGCGGACGUGCGCGGCGGCGGUGGUGGCGGUGUGGGCGGUCCCGGUGGCCCUCUCGCUGCUGCUGCUCUGGCUGCCCCUGCUCUGCUGCGCCGUGGCCGUCGUCCGGUUCCGGCGCGCCAGGCGGAGGCUCAUGCGGGGCUGCGGCGUCGGGGUUCCGUCUUCGUCGUCGGUGGACGCCGCCGGUGAUCGGCUGGGGCUGCUGCAGAAGUACCUCGAGGACCAGAUGGAGCUCGUCGGCGCCGACCUCUUCCGCGAUCUCAGCCAGGAGAAGCGCGUCGACUGAGGGGGCUUUUCUUCUACCGUAGGUUGUAGAAUCAUGCGAAGCGCAGGCGAUUUUGCUCGUGUUUGUGCUCGGUGAAAUGGAACAAUCAAGAAAUC